CGCGUGCUGCGCUGCUACUGGUCCACGCGCAUGGGCUCGUCCUGCUGCUGCUCCUUUUAAUGCAUUGAAUGAAAAUAUUUUUGGUGUCGUAUGAAAAUAUAUGCUGACGUACCAGAUCAUGUGGGCUUUUUCGUCGCACAGCCACUUGCUUUUUUAUUUUUUCCUCCACUACGCUCGUCUUUAGGAUCCGCCAGAAAUCUUUAGGAUUACAAAUUGUGCUUUAUGGGGCGCCGCUGCCGCUCCUGCUGCCGCCCGUUCCUGAAACAGCAGCGGGUUUUUUGGAGGGGAACGAGGCUCGUUAGCGCUGUUAUCGGGGCUUAAUCGUAAUCUCGAGCUUUCCUGGAGAGAGACGGAGUGGGUUUUUAUGAGCAGGGGAGUUGUGUGAUUAGGUCUUAUGAAGCCCUGCACUGGAGCUGAUGUUCCCGGUCAACGGGAGUCUCCGGAGCGAAGGCUGGGAGACUCCGGAGCGGACUGAGGAACCGCAGAGUCCCGCUCUCGUGCCGGGAAUCCACUCUGAUCACCUCCAUUCCUCUCUCCCUCCCUCCCUUUGCAACCCCUCCCAACGACUCUACCAGGCUUACCCCUGAACCCUGUCACUGCGAUUACCAUGUCCAGCCGAAGAAAGUCCUUCACUCCCUGCAUGGUCUGCAUCAGCGAUGCACCAACGGAUAGCCCUGUGGAAAUGGAUAUCUUGUCCAGCGAAGCAGUAGAGGACAGGUCUUCUUCUCUGCAGCCUUCAUUAGAUCUGCAUCAAGUGUCAGCUGAGCACGAGGAGCUGAGUCAUGUGGAAGCGACAGAAGGAAAGAUAGAAAGCGAGAAGUCUCUUUCCCCAGAGAAACAGCAAGCAAGGGACUACCAGUGUAAGUACUGCCCUUUCUCCACUCAGAAUCUCAACGACUUCAAAGAGCAUGUGUACUCUGCACACCCUAACGUCAUUCUGAACCCACUGUACCUGUGUGCCGUCUGCAACUUCAGCACCAAGAAGUUUGAUUCCCUCACGGAACACAAUGAAUCGGAGCAUCCAGGCGAAAGCAAUUUCAAGUUCAAGCGAAUUAAACUCGACAACCAGACCGUCCUAGAGCAAACCAUAGAAAACGAGCAAGAUUCAGGCUCUGCUGACACUAAGAUGCAAGACGACGAUGAUGACUUUUUACCCUCCUGCCUUUCAAUCACAGAAAAUGUUGCAAAGCCUGAAAUAUUUAACAUCGAAAAUGAGGUCGAGAGCAAUUUAGACAAUCUCAUAUUUAAGGAUCAGAUCACUGCUGUCAACGUUAAUGGCACAAUCAUCAUCCCUGAGCCCAUGAUCCUGCAGGGGCUCUCCCAUGUCAUGCCUCUGCUACAGCGCCCACCCAACCUUAACUCCAUUCCAACCAUCGCCGUUCCUCUGAACGCGCGCAAGUACAAUCCCUUGUUGGACAGCAACCCCACCCUCAUCACGUCCUUCAACAAAUUCCCCUAUCCAACUCACGCCGAGCUCUCGUGGCUCACUGCUGCAUCCAAGCACCCAGAGGAGCAAAUCAAGGUGUGGUUCACCACGCAGCGACUGAAGCAGGGAAUCACCUGGUCACCAGAGGAGGUGGAGGAAGCUCGAAAGAAAAUGUUCAACGGCUGCAUGCCGCCUGCUGACCAGACAUUCACCGUUUUGCCUACGCCCGUGAGCGAGCCAAUCGCCACCAACCACUCUGUCGCACCAGCAGUCUCCUGCAAUGUCUUUGGGCAGUCCACUGCGAAUGGAUCCCCUGCUACAUGUGCAACUGUCACUGUGACUACAGUCAGUAGUAUGCAUAAUCUGAAGCGCUCACUCGGAACUCCGUCGGUGGUCCAGGAAGUUAAGCGGCCCAUGAUUCCCACGGAGGAACCCAAAGAGAAGCUGCGUAUGGCACCCCCACCAAUCCCUCCCUUCGAAAGACUACCCAUGGCUCCUCCUCCUGUACCCCCAGAUAGUAGGAGAUGCAUGCCCCCACCUUUAAUCACGCCUGACAUGAAGAGACCCAUUGUCACCCCUUACGCUAUGCCCAAGGUAAUGUCAAAGUUACCAAUGGGAUUCCCACAUGUGCCACCCAAAGACAAGAUGCCCAUGGCACCCCCUCCCCUGUUGCCCAGAGAUCGAUUAUCUAUGGUGCCCUUACUGUCCACAGAUUUAAAGAGGUCUAUGGUUCCCCAACAGCUGAGGAAUCAUGUGCCUGCCUCUUCGGUAAUCUCAAUUUCUAAAGACAAACUGUCACCUUUACCUACUAAUGGAAGCUUACCCCUGUUGCCCUCCCUGGUGGCUUCUCAACUGAAGAGACCAACAAUCAUCCACACCGCACGAGCGCAACCUAUUGCCCCUAUUGCCCCUCCCUUGGUCCCUACUUUCUCUCUGGAGUGUAAACCACUUGAGCCAGCAGCGGAGCAAAGGCUGACCGGCUCGGAGAGUCGACCCUCAGAGAGUCAGAACAGCAAUAGAGUCCCCUGUGGGGACGGCAAGAAUUGGUUUACUGACCAAAGUGCACUGGCCCACAAUGGUUCACAGCACUUAAACAGUGACUUUGCUCCAAAGGAGCGUCUGAAAACGGUCCCGACCCAGUUCCCUCUCCUGGAAAGAGUGAAAGGGAAAACUGCUGAUCAGCUGAAGGUUUUAGAGGAGAGUUUUCAGAGGAACAGUUUCCCAUCCUACAACGAGGUCGACCAUAUCGCAGUCACCACCAGACUUUCCAGAGAGGAGGUUGACAGCUGGUUCCUGGAGCGGCGAGCGCUCCGGGACAACCUAGAAAAAGCCCUGUUGAAUUCCAUGGGCACAAAGAGAACUGACAUGUUUGCGGAGAGACGAUCACGAUCACAUUAUCCACACGCUUUCCUGAAUGGGAUUCACAAACAGAUCGGCCUGCCCAUGAGCCCUCUCCCUCCCAUCAUAGCCCCCGCCUCGUCCUCUGGACCUCUGGACAGGAAGUCCCUAAACCUCCUCAAAGAUGUCUUUGUACAAACACGGUGGCCUUCACCUGAGGAAUACAGUCGUCUGGAGGCGCAGACGGGCUUGGCUCGCACCGACAUUGUCCGGUGGUUCAAAGACAGCCGCCUGGCUCUUCGCAGCGGCGCAGCGGAGUGGAAGGAGCUGUUCUACAGGCUGAGCAGCAGCGAGCUGAAUGGCCGGCUGAUCUCAGAGCAGCCCUGCGGCCUCGCUCCGCCAGGCCAGGAACGGAAGAUGCCUAGAGCAGAGUGCACCAAACUAAGCAGAGAAGAGAUCAAAGUCUGGUUCAGCAACACCCUAGGCCAGCAUGGGCCCGAAGUGGGGAGGAAUGGAGGUCAGAACGGAGGCGGCGGAGAGGAGUGUGGGGGCUGGAUGGAGGAAGCAAUAGGGGUGAAGGCCAGGAUGGCGUCACGAGAGCUGGUCUCAGACACGGAUUAGGCCACAGGAGGGAGAAGGGGCAGGAGAAGAGGGUAGGAGCUGCUGCCGCUGUCAUUUUGCACAGAAGUGGAAGAAAAGAAGAGGAACAGAAGCUUACUUUGAAAUGUUGUAUUUUUGGAACCAAUGAUUUUCACUCUUGCCCUCUUCCAUUGUGCCAGCCAGCACACGGCGCCAGUCAGAAGCAGAAGGGGCCUCAUCGCUGGGUGUCGCGUCGGGAGCGUUACCGGAGAGGAAGCGUUGCCGGAACGUUGCGGGAACGCUUUCGCCGCUUCGUGUGUGAAUCGGUUGGGCGCCGGGGAGGGGACGGGGUGAAGAAUGAAUGCACUGAGGGGAUGGAGACCGUUGUGUGCCAAAGCUGGAUUUGCUGCAUAACUAUACUUAAAAAAAAAGAAAUUAAAAAAAGGGGUUCUUGUAAAUAUUUUUUCUGUACUGCUACAGAUUUGUACAAUGUUGGGGGAACUUUUGUUACAUUUUAUAAUGGGAGCAGGUGGCCCCCAGUUUUUGCUCUGGCUGGUCUUUUCAGUGGACACAUGCUACUACUAUUACAUUUUGUAAUAACACCACCAUGCACCACUACACGUGUUGGGCAAUACAUCAGAUGGAUUCACAGAGCCGGACUUUCAUUAUAGUUUGUCUUUGGAGGGACUUCUUUAAACGACAGAUUCAAGGUGCUGUUAUACUUUCUGGAUAUUACUCGCCGUCGCUUUUGCUAUAAAUACCGUUCUUACAGCGUGACAUUUUAAAAACAAAACAAAAGCUACAAAAAAAAAAAAAAAAAAGGAAAA